AUGGGUAACCAUUCGAGUGGAUUCAAUAAGACAUUUGUCACGAACCAGAGCCACAAUAAUAAGGACUCUAAAAGACCGCAUUCAGUGCUCGGCAUCAGCGCUGAGGACAACAGUCGAUGUAAUUUCAAGGGACCCGUACUUCGCUCCCAUACCCAUCACAACGAGAAUCACAAAAUGCAUAAAUACACGAGACCUCCGGGGAUGCAAUUACCACCCCUUCCGCGAUCCCAUUCCUUCCAUCAGGUCUUAAGGCCCACAGAAAAUGGACAGAUAUUGGCCGCCAAAGGCACCAUCAGGGGACUCGAGUUCAGUAAACCGCUGACAAACGCCACGAAGAGUCCGAUCGCUGACGAACUCAAAGCUAUACUGAACUCCAGGCGCUGCAAAAGUGAGACCGAUUUAGCCGCAGAUAAUGGCAGUAGUCAUGACAGCAAUCAAUCAGAGGGUAGUAAUUAUGAGGACAACAAUAAGCGAAAGGAAUUCAAUGGCAUCCGAAAGAGUAGCGCUAGUAAUGGGGUGGCGGCUAAGAUACACCGCGCAAAGUAUAGGGCACCUCCACCUCCCCAACACCUGUCCGGCUCCACGCAAGACCUGUCCGCCACCAACACCUCUCACAGCAAUUUGUUGUCAUCGCUGGACAGCAGUUCCAGUAAUAUGACCGACAGUCACAAGAAGAGUGCCGGCAAACAGUUUGUGGCCACCAGUGGCACCGCCAGUGCCAGCAGCGCCGGUAGCAGUGGCAACAGUGCUCACAAUAAUUUAGACGUUCAUAACAAUGGUUUGACCAGAAAAUUGAGCCAAAAGUCUUAUAAUAAUCACAUCUCUAGUGAUGAGUCGUCGAGAUAUCUGAUUAUACCGCGACUCAAACUAUCGCAGCAACAGCUCCAACACCAGUCCUCCACCGGCCAUAAAGAUCCGGGUAAUGGUAGUGCCGGUAGUGGUGGCAAUCAUACUAAUAAUACCGGUGCUAAUCAUGUUAUGCCAUCACGAUAUCAGUCACGAAACAUCAUAUUUGACUCAAAGAAUGCCAACUUUGAAGGGGUUAACUCUGGGCUGAGCGCCGACUGUUCCCAGGAUUACCGCAAACUGAAGCGCUCGUCCUCGUCGUCCAAUUACGAGUCGGAUCUGAAAAACAAAACCAAAUCUGAUAUGAUUUCCAUCGAUAAACACUAUAAAAUCAAAUCAAUCGAGAGAUUGAACCGCGAGCUGAGCGCCGAGACUAAUAAUAACCACAACAAUAACUAUAAUAAUUAUUAUAAUCAUAAUAACAGGGACUUCGUUAAAGUGAAUGACAAUCCAAAGGUUAGGAAUAAGAGCGCCGGCAGUCCGGCCCUUCCGCCAGCCUUUGAUGACAACUUCAUUUUGAGGAGAAGUACACCGACUGCUGGUCUCAAAGACCAACAAAAAUCCAGUUACUUCUUCGGCAAACAGAGCCAACCAAACGAGAAAAACAAUAAAAAUAAAUCGUUGGACACAAAGCGUGCGAUACAUCCGUGGAGUGAUGAGACACACAACGGCACCGGCAAUGGUGUCAAUGGUGUCCACACCAACGGCUCCCGAACCCAUCACUUGACCAAUGAUGACAUGAUUAGACCCGCGAAGCCGUACAAUAGCCGACAACAAGUGCACACCUCAUCCACUCCCCCACCGGCGCCUCCUAUUCUCAAUUUCGACUACGAGUUCGACAUCUCGAGUGCCAAUAAUACCAAAUCUAUUCGCACUAAUGUUAGCGAUAGUGCCAACUAUUCCGAUGAGGACGAGGAGGAAGAGAUUAAGGUUAUAAUUCGUCCGCAAUUACCGCCACUAAAGAGGGAACAGUUGUCUGAAUCACGUCGUGAGCGGAUCCUACUAUCGGAAGACUUAUUCAAUUUGAGGCCAAUCGCCAAA